AUGAAUAAGCCUACCAGCUCUGAAGUUGUUUUAAAACCAGCAAGUUCUGCUCGAUAUGACAGCCUUGAAAUCCCAGGGCUUUUGAAAAAUGGACGCGUAUCUUUAAUGCGUGAGUUGUUUCAAUGCGGCAAGCCUCUACCCAUUGAAGAUUUGUGUGGAGAGGACGAUGCUAUUCAUAGUUCGGCCCUAACACCAGAGCGGCCUCCACUCUCCAAAAUCAAUUCGCGAACCCCGUCCUUUCUGUCAGAUUUAAAGGGUGAAAGUGCGAUUCAGAGACGUCUUCAAAAUGCUAUUAAUGAAUCCAAUGGCGACGUCGACGAUAUACCUCCAAUGAAGGAUUUGGCAGCAUCUCUUGUGAAAGAAUUAAAUAGUAAUUCUUCCGUAACUCAUCCCACUUCAACUGGAAUUACUAAAGGCAUACCGUGUCAGAUUCUGUCUUCCCCUCCUCCAAUUCCUGCCAGGCCUAAAAAAUGUCCUCCUCUUCGUUCUUUUUAUUCCACCUUUGCUCAAGAUGAUCCUGAGUACAGCUCCUCACGUUAA